AGUUGUUUCAAUUCUGUUUCAGUUGUUAGUUUGGUUUUAGAAUAUUUUAUUUGUCUCUUUGGUUUUUUUUCUAUUUUAAUUUUUUUAUUUUCUAUCAUUCGGAAUAAUUAAUUAUGGAGAAACUUCGAAUUGGUUUAGAUGUCGAUAUUCAACGUACAAAUGGUCGAAUUCAUUCUGCUGUUAUAAGUAAUGUUGAUUAUGUGAAUAGGAGUGUUACAGUUGAAUGGUCGGAAUCGGAAGAAAUUAAAGGAAAAGAGAUUGAUUUUGAAUCUGUUUACUUACUUAACCCUAAUCUUUGUGAUGAAUCUUCAAAUCAGAGUAAAACUGUUGCUCCAAGAAGGUACAAUAGUGAAGAGGUUCUACCACCUCGACCAUCAGUUGCUGCUCUUAAUUCAACCAAGGGAUCACUUCGAAUGAGGCAAAAUCAACGGACAACAAUCAGCAAUGGCAAUGGAAUGAGUAUACCGGAAGCCUUGCCGACAGUUCUAACAUCAGCUCCUUGUGGUUUAAUCAACCAGUCGACACUUAAUCAAACUAUAGCCCAAAAAUCUGCUGCAGCUAAUACAGCGCAGUCAAGGCGACGAUCGAAUGUAGUUAAAGAGGUUGACAGAAUUAAGAAACAACGAGAAGAAAGGAGAAACCGUCAAGCAGAACAGAAACAAGAGAAACAAGAUUUAAUGUCAGCUGUUGAUCAAGGGAAUCCAAAUUGGGAAUUUUUAGGAAUGAUUCGUGAAUAUCGAUCACAAAUUGAAUAUAAACCAUUAAGUAUGGGAGAUCCGGUUGCAUAUCAACAAAUUUGUGUCGCUGUAAGAAAAAGGCCAAUGAAUAAGAAAGAAGUUGGAAAGAAAGAUAUCGAUGUGAUAACUGUGCCCUCAAAAGAUUUAAUUGUUGUUCAUGAGCCUAAACAUAAAGUUGAUUUAACACGUUACUUGGAGAAUCAUAUGUUUAGAUUUGAUUAUGCAUUUGAUGAAACCGCUGAUAAUGAGCUGAUUUAUAGAUAUACCGCCAAGCCUCUUGUACAGACAAUAUUUGAAGGCGGAAUGGCUACUUGUUUCGCCUAUGGUCAAACUGGAAGUGGUAAAACUCAUACAAUGGGAGGUGAUUUCAAUGGUAAAUCUCAAGACUCAUCCCGAGGUAUUUACUAUUUGGCAGCACGAGAUGUAUUUAAACUUGUUAAAUCUCCUAAAUAUCGGAAUGAAGAUUUUGUAGUCUAUGCUAGUUUCUUUGAAAUUUACAGUGGAAAGGUUUUUGAUCUUCUAAAUAACAAAGCAAAGCUGAGAGUGUUGGAAGAUGCCAAAAAUCAGGUUCAAGUUGUUGGUCUACAAGAGAGAUCAGUGGAAACUGUUGAUGAUGUUUUGAAAUUGAUUCAAAUGGGAAAUAAUAUUCGUACUUCGGGUGUUACAUCGGCCAAUAAUCAUUCCUCUCGAUCUCAUGCAGUUUUCCAGAUAAUAUUGAAACGAAAAAAUAACAAUCGACUUCGAGGUAAAUUCUCACUAAUUGAUUUAGCUGGAAAUGAGAGAGGAGCAGAUACAUCAUCAGCUAAUCGACAAACUCGUAUGGAAGGAGCAGAAAUUAAUAAAUCACUUUUAGCAUUAAAAGAAUGUAUCAGAGCUCUUGGCAGAAAAGGAGCUCAUUUACCUUUUCGAGCAAGUAAAUUGACACAAGUACUUCGAGACUCAUUUAUUGGUGAAAAUUCAAGAACUUGUAUGAUUUCCAUGAUUUCACCUGGUAUGCAAUCGUGUGAGCAUUCAUUGAAUACCCUUCGAUAUGCUGACAGAGUAAAAGAGCUUGGAGCUGAUAAUCCCGGACCGAGAAAUAUUGAAUAUGAAGAUGAUGACAUGUUAACCAAGAAUGGUGAUGAUUUAGCAUUACUACACAAUUCAAAUGCGGAGGAUUUACCGGAUGAUUUAUAUAAUUUCCAUGAAACUUUAUCCCACCUUCAAGAAUUGGAAGAUGAAAUUCUUGAUAUUCACAAGACAUUUGUUGAGACUUUACCUCAAUGGUCAUCAUCUCAUUUACAAUUACUGAAAAUGACCGCCGAUGUUGAUUACGAUGUUGAUUCUUAUGUUGCCCAAUUAGAGGAUUCGCUGGAAGAUCAUAUUGAAGUUUUAACACGAUUUAAGGAAAGGGUGGGCAAUUUUAGAGGACAAUUGGCCGAGGAAGAGUUAAUGAGCAAACGGAUAGUUAAAUAAAUUUUUAACAAUUUAAUUUGAUUCACUGGAUUCUCAUCGUUCAUGAUAAUUUUACUCUCUUUCUCUCUCCUUUUUUCUUCUUCCUAAUCUCUAUUGCUACCUUAUUGUUUUCUUUUUUCUCUUCUUCUUCUUUUAUGCAUUUCUCUCUUUGUUUACUUUCUUUUUUUUCGUGUAUAUCAUUUGUAAAUUGGUUAUAAAAAAUUUAUCAUUUACUAUGUUAAUUCAAAUUCUAAUCAAACUAAUAUUUACAUCUCCCCUCAACUUGAUUAACCCAAUAAAAUGCAAAGGUAGUCGUUGAA